AUGAGGACAUGGACUAGGGGGUUGAAGGAGCAGGACCGGGUUGAUGGUAAGCAUGCAGACAAGGACAGUGAAGAUAGUGAGUUCAUCGUGCAAGAUGAAGAGUCAAAUUCUGAUGAUGAAGAUUAUGAUGAACUAGUUGAGACCAGUGAUGAAGAGGAAGCUGCAGAUGAUGUACAUGGAUUAGAGUCAGACAAAGAGGAUGUUGAGUGGAUACAGUCACAACAUGCAGUUAGAGAGGCAAACAAGAUACAUUUGGAAGCCAAAAAGAAAGUGCUUGAUGAGGUAGUACAUGAAAGACAAACAGAGGCUAAUUUGCAUGAAACAGAGGGUAAUUUGCAUGAAACUGAGGGUAAUUUGCAUGAAAGUGAAGAGGCAAGGGUAGAUGGUAACAGUAGUUACGAGGAAUCUGACGGGGACAUUUUAACACCUGGUGAUAGUGAGGAUGAUGAUAUCAGGGGCAAGAAGUACAAGGAAGCAGUCCCAUCUGUAGGUGAACAUACAAAUUGGAAGAAAUUUAUUUGGAAGGUGGGAAUAAGGUUUGCAUCAAGGGAGGCCUUUAAAGAGGCAGUGAGGCAGUACUCAGUAGCUAAUGGUAGGAACUUGUACCUUGCAAAGAGCGAAAAGACUGCAUGUGGCCGUAUUGUUGUCAAUUGUGUUAAAGGGUGUUCAUUCUUUAUACAUUGUUCACUUCAUAAAGGGAAAGAGUGUUACUUGGUAAAGAGAGUGAAGCAUACACAUACCUGCCAAAGAAACAUGGUAAAGAAUAGACAGCUAACUGCAAUGUUCAUAGCUAAUGAGUUCCUGCAAGUGUUCAAAUCCAAGCCCAACUGGUCGGCUAAGGAAAUCAUAUUGGCUGUGAAACAUAAGUAUAAAGUAAUAAUCACCAAGUGGCUGGCCUACAAGGCUAAAGCAUGUGCACAUAAGAAACUUCAUGGAUCAAUGAGGGAUCAUUAUAGCAAAAUUGGUGCAUACAUGGAGAUUUUGAAAAAAGUAAACCCAACAUCAACAUUUGUGCUUGUUACUGCACCACCAGGUUUCAUUAACUUAGAUCCCACAGCCACAUGUGAAACUUUUUUCAGACUCUUUGUGUGUUUUGAUGGUGUGAAAAGAGGAUUUCUAGCUGGAUGUAGGAAGGUCUUGUGUCUAGAUGGUUGUUUUCUAAAGACCUUCCUAGGAGGGAUGUUGUUAACUGCAGUUGGCAGAGAUGCUAAUGAUCAGAUGUAUCCAUUGUCAUGGGUAGUUGUAGAUGGUGAAAAUAACGAUAGCUGGGAAUGGUUUAUGGAAGAGCUCAGGAAGUGUUUGGGUGUAAGUGAUGGUGGUGAGGCAUGGACAUUCAUCUCAGAUCAACAAAAGGGUCUUUUAAAUGUUGUGGCACUUAUUUGGCCAAGAGCAGAGCAUAGAAACUGUGCAAGGCACAUCUAUGCAAAUUCGCACAAGAAUUUUAAAGAUGAGGAGCUCAAGGAAUUGUAUUGGAAAGCUGCAAGAGCAUACUGUGAACCUGAUUACCUCCAAGCCAUUGAUGAAAUGAGGGCCAUAAACCAGGAUGCAGUAGAGGCAAUCUUAAAGCAGGAUCCCAAAGCAUUUAACAGGUGCUACUUGAAAACUCACACUAAAUGUGAUGUCAUAGUAAACAACAUGGCAGAAACAUUUAAUGGUUAUAUCAUAACUGCAAGGUCAAAGCAUAUUAUAUACAUGCUAGAGGACAUUAGGGUUCAAAUCAUGAGUAGGUUAGUCAUCAAAAGAACUGAAAUGGAAGCCAAAGAUGUGGUCAUUUGCCCCAAUAUCCAGGAGAAACUUGAUUUCUCAAAAGAUGCAGCCUUUAGGUGUGAGGUAUACCCCUCAUCUUAUCAGGUUUUCCAAGUUAGAGAUGUUGAUGAUGUUACAGUUGACUUGGAAAAUAAGACCUGCACAUGUAGAAAGUGGCAAUUAAGGGGGUAUCCUUGUAAGCAUGUGUGUGCUGUGGCUGGAUUUUUGCAUAAGAAUGCUGAGUAUUAUGUUGACCCAUGUUACCACAAAGAAACAUACAUGAGAACUUAUGAGUACUCAAUCCCACCAUUGCCUAGUGAAAAGUUUUGGCUGAAGGUUGAUUAUCCAAUGGAUCCACCUCGAAUCAAAAAGGCAGAAAGAGGGACCCUCAUGAGGAUCCCAAGAAGCCAGAUUCUCAAAAUGCGGCAGAAAUCGGAAGGAAAAAAGCAAGUAAAAGGGGAAGGCCAACUAAAAGAGGAAGGCCAAGUAAAAGGGGAAGACCAACGAAGAAGGCUGCAGUUAGUUAAUAUGUUAUGA